AUGUGUAUUAUAAAGAGAGGAAAUGAUGUUUGUGACAAAGUGAGAAAAGAAAAUGAUUUGUAUGUACUGACUGAUAACAAAGAAGUUAAUGUAGUAAGGAAUGUAUUGCAUAGGAGGCGUGGGCAUGCAAGCUUUAAAGUAAUAAAGAAAAUGGAAAGCUUUGCCAAGGGGGCAGAAGUGAAAGCAUGUAAGAAUUAUCUAGAUUGUAAUGAUUGUAGUUCGUGGGUUCAUGUGCCAAAGGAAACAAGACGGAAAGGAAAACCAAAGGCAAAGAAAAUGAAAUUCUUGGGUUACGAAAGAGGUUCUAAGGCGUAUAGGUUUCUUGAUGAUAAUAAAAAUGUUGUGAUUUCUAGAUCAGCAAGCUUCUGUGAACACAAAAACUGGAACAGAAUACAUGCAAAUUCACAAGUGCACAUUCCACAUGUAAAAAGGCAAAGAGGACACAAAAGUCAGGUAAAGCCUACUGAAGAGGCAGAGACAUGUGCCAGUAGCAGAGAAACACAAGUAUACAUUCCAUUUUUAGAGAGAAAAAGGGAACACAGAAGUCAGGUAGAGCCUAAGCAAGAGGGUGAAGAAUCUUCCAGUGAGGAAUCAAAAGAAGAAGAAGAGGAAGAUGGCACAUGUAUUGAGUCAGAAAAUGAACACACAGUUAAAGAAGAGAGGCACACGCCUAGGAGGUCACAAAGAGCUAAU